UGCCAUACGAGUAGGCGUAACAUCAUAUUUUCUAUCAAAUAAUUUUCGUAACGUCUCACGUAAAAAUUAUCUACAAUUUUUUGGGAAACGAAUGUGUGAUAACGUUUUAAAAAAUUCUCUGUUGGCCAAAAGCAGUGCAAAAAAUUAGACAAGUGAAUUUACAAACGUAAUAGGCUAAAUUUUCGUAGAUGUUAAAGCCAUCCAAGGGGUCACUGGCCACAAGACAACGCACACUUGGAUUCCGACCGCAGAAUCGUGCUAAAAUCGAGGAUCACAGCCGGGAAAAAGACUCAAUGGGCGAGGAUUUCGAACUGGAGGAGAAGGGCGGAGAUCAGUUGGAUGAGAAGAGUAGCUAUGUCUGUCUAUCGCGGCAGAGUUCCAAAAUCCAGGCUACGAUGAGUGCCAGCAGUUUGGGUUUCAGGGAUCACAAUCCCGAUGGAGAACUCGAAUCGGAAAGUUAUCGAAAAAACCACAGCUCUGAGAGAAGGUCAAAAAAUCCACCCGAUUCAGAAGCCAUUGGCGACAAGUUAAAGGAUGAACUCUGCAGAUAUAAGCAGGAGCUCAAGGAAUACAACGAGACCACCAAGGAUCUGGAGGAAAAGUAUAUGAAGAUCAAUUACGAGCUAAGCGAAAUGCAGCAGAAACACGAUCGUUUUGUGUCCAGCAGAGGACAAACUUCGGAAAUGGAUAUGGAAAGUGAGGGCGAUCCGGAUAAUUUCUAUAGUUCGGCCAGCAGUGUGGCCUCGCAAAUGACGGUCAAGCGGAAGAGUCCCCAAAUUCUGCACAGCAAUACAAGUUUCAUGACCGUUCUCUCGGCCCGGAGUUCCUGUGACAACAUUUCUCGUAAGAAAUACUCCUCCGAAAGAAGUAAUCAUCAGCGAAAGGAUCAUCGAAGUAAUGAAAACAGUUCAUUUGAUAGCCGUGUUGUGGAAACACUGGCCAGUCGGCAUGCCAAGCGGAGAAAGAGAUCCUUGGAGCAGGACGAUCGGGAGAGGGAGCCCGCCGCCUCCUUCAAGGAUGUCUACAAUGUGCUAAAGGACGUGAUUAACACCUCACAGGACCACAAGUACAAGCAUGAACGAGAUCGGGACAGAGAUCCAAGGGACACGGGUGACCUGAGGCAACUGCAGAGCACCAUCAAGAGCUUGAAAAGCGAGCAGCUCCAAUUCCGGACGCUUAUUCGGCAGCAACAGGACCGGAUUGCGGACUACCACACGCGAUGUGUGAAGGCCCAGGACAUCAUGAGCAACCAGAAGCACGAGAUCGACAAGCUGCACGUGAACAACAAGCAACUGGAGACCAGCAUAUACCAUGACAUAGACAGUCUGCGCUCCAAGAUCGACACCAAACUAAAGAGUGUGUCCCAUUUGCCCAAGAAGAUGCGCGAAGAGCACUCCAAAUACGAGAAGGAGGCCAUGCAACUGAAGGUCAAGAUCGAUGAUCUGGGGCGAAGAAAGCUGGUCACCAUCAAUAGACUAAAGGCGGCCGAAAGGGAUCUGAAGAUAUUCAAGAACUACAACUCAGCUCUAAAGACGGAAAAGCGUAAAUUAACCCAGGAACUGUCGACAAUGAAGGAUCAACUGGAGCAACUCCAGGCGAGCAGUAAGAGGCAACUUUCCCGCCAUCGCGAGCAGAGUGAAAAACAGCGCAGGGAUCUGCAGAAAAGGAUUUACGACCUGGAACUUAAGCUGAGUAGGAGUCAGAACUCCACCUCCAGUUUGAUUCAGGAACGGGAUAGCCUGAUAGCCGAACUCCAGACGCAACUGCACACAUUGGUUCACAACUUCGAGGUGUCCCAGAAACACAUACGGGUGCUGCGGCGGCACAUCUACUCCAUGACCAAUCCGGGCGGGAAUCCGGGAAUCCCUGGCGGUGCUUCAGCUGGCAUUGGCGGCUCCCAGCGACCCAGUCUGAUCAGGAUCAAUCAGAUGUCCCAAGGUUCCAGCACUGGACGCAUCGGUAACCCGCGAACGCUGAUGGGCAAGAUCUAGAUAGAGAUUGGCCAUAUAUAAAUAUAAUCCAAGAUCUAGAGAUCAUGCCCAUCAGCUGUCCAGGCAAUUUGAAGGUAAGGUUUUUAUAGUCUAGGCCAUAUCAUCAAGUUGCCUGGACUUUUCACGCCGUUAUCGUCUCGAUACUGACACUUUUAUUUGGUGAUCAUGCAAACUAAUUGUCUUUUUACAAAACCCUCUUAAUAUCUGGUUUUAAUGGGUUUGGGAUUUGGUAAUUGGUACUACCUUUUCUUUAGAAAUCCAGUAGAAUGUGGAAA